AUGGAGGUGGCUCUCGGAGCGGCGAAUUGGCUCCUCGGCCAAGUCCUCAACAAGCUCAAGCUGUCCGAUGACUUGCUCAAAGUGUACGUGUUCAGCACCGAGCUCGGCCUCAACCUUGUGAAGAUCAGAAAGGAGAUGCUGUACACUAAAGGGCUGCUGGAGGAGGCCCAGGGGAGGGACUUUGCUGGGAACUCUGGCCUGAAGGGUCUGCUCGAGGACCUGAGCAACAAGGCCGACGAGGCCGAGGACGCUCUGGGCGAGCUCCACUACUUCAUGAUCCAGGACAAGCUCGAUGGGACUCGAGAGGCCACUCCAGAGUUGGGAGAUGGCCUCAGCGGCAAAGCUCAGCAUGCCUGCCAUGCUGCUCGCCACACUUCUGGUAACUGGCUCUCAUGCUUCUCUUGUUGCCGUUCGCAAGAUGAGGAUGUUGCUGCUGCCGACGAUGUCCAUAACACCCAUAGCACAAGCAAUGCCAUUGCCAUGUCUGUUGACCACAGUGGCCAUGAUGGAAAGUUGCCAUUUGACAGGGUGGCAAUGUCCAACAAAAUCAAGCAGCUCAUAGAGGAGCUGCACUCUAACUGUACUCCUGUCUCUGACUUGCUCAAGAUAGUGUCAGGCACUAACCCUCAGCAACACAUGCCUGCCUUCGCUAAAAGGCCUGACACAAGCUCUGAAAUCACACAGGAGAAGUUGUUUGGGAGGGAUGCCAUCUUUGAGAAAACUAUAGAGGAGAUUAUCAGUGUGACACAGAGUGGUAAAACCUUGUCUGUUCUUCCAAUAGUUGGCCCAGGGGGUAUUGGAAAGACUACCUUCACCCAGCACAUCGUCAAUGACACAAGGAUUAAAAAAUGUUGUCCUGAUAUUAAUAUCUGGAUAUGUGUAUCGACUAAUUUUGAUGUGCUCAAGCUCACCAAAGAGAUCCUGAGCUGCCUACCUUCAACAGAAAAUGCAGGAAAUAGAACACCAAAUGAAACUACCAACUUAGACCAGCUUCAGAAAUCCAUCACAGAGAGGCUGAAAUCCAAAAGGUUUCUACUUGUCUUGGAUGACAUAUGGGAAUGCAGCAGUAGUGAUGAUUGGGCAAAACUGUUAGCUCCAUUCAAAAAGGACGAGACCAGUGGCAGCAUGAUUCUUGUCACAACUCGGUUCCCAAAAAUUGUAGAAAUGGUGACAAAAGAAUCUAAUCCAAUUGACCUCCGUGGUUUGGAUCCUGAUGAGUUUUGUAAAUUCUUCCAAAUAUGUGCAUUUGGUAGAAUUCAAGAUGAGCAUGGUGAUCAAGAGUUAAUUGAUAUUGCAAAACAAAUAGCAGAUAAGCUGAAAUGCUCCCCACUUGCAGCCAAAACAGUUGGUCGGUUAUUGAUUAAGAAACCCUUUCAGGAACAUUGGAUGAAAAUUCUUGACAACAAAGAGUGGCUACAAGAAAACCAUGACAAUGAUAUUAUCCCAGCCUUGAAAAUUAGCUAUGACUACCUUCCCUUCCAUCUGAAAAAAUGUUUUUCGUUUUUUUCCCUUUUCCCUGACGAUUAUAAAUUUGGAAAGCUUGAGAUUAUUCGUUUUUGGGAUUCUAUAGGCAUCAUAGAUUACCCUAAGCAGAAUAAAAAAUUUGAGGACAUAGGAUCAGAUUAUCUGGAUGAACUAUUAGAUAAUGGUUUUCUUAUAAAAGGAGAUGAUAAUAAUUAUGUAAUGCAUGAUUUACUCCAUGAUCUUUCACGUAAAGUUUCAUUAGAAGAAUGUGCCUAUAUCAGUUGUUCUACUUUUGAGGCAAAUGAAAUCCCACAAUCUAUUCGUUACCUAUCCAUUUUCAUGCAUGAUGAUAUUCAUGUUAAAAGUUUCGAGGAAGAGAUGGGUAAAUUGAAGGAAAGGAUAGACAUUAAAAAUUUGCAAAGUUUGAUGAUUUUUGGAGAAUACAGUAGGUUACACCUGGUCAAUGUUUUAAGAGACACAUUUAUGGAAAUAAAAGGUCUCCGUGUUUUAUCUAUAUUCGCGAACUCCCAUAGUUCCUUGCCAAACAACUUUUCAAAGCUUAUCCAUCUUCGAUACUUAAAACUUAUGUCGCCUUUUUACGCAGAAGUGUGCAUGCCUGGCACAGUGUCUAGGUUUAAUCACUUGAAAUUCCUAGAUCUUAACCAAUGGAAAAGUAGUUAUUCUUUGCCUAAAGACAUUAGCCGCCUUGAAAAUCUACGCCAUUUUGUUGCUACGAAACAAUUUCAUUCCAAUGUUCCUGAGGUGGGGAAAAUGAAUUUUUUACAAGAAAUGAAAGAAUUCCAUGUUAAGAAAGAGAGCAUUGGCUUUGAGCUAGGAGAGUUGGGGAAACUAGAAGACCUUGGAGGAGAGCUCAAUAUACAUGGGCUUGAAAAUGUGAGAACCAGCCAAGAAGCUGAAGAUGCCAAACUAAUGGCAAAGAGAAAUUUAGUAGAGUUGGGAUUAGUUUGGAAUAGGAACCAAGAGUCCACUGGAGAUGAUAUCCUUUUUUUAGAAAAUGCUGGAGAUGAUAUCCUAGAUAGUCUCAAGCCACACUCUAAUAUUAGAAGACUUUGCAUUGUAAAUCAUGGUGGCUCUGUUGGUCCUAGUUGGUUGUGCAGCAACAUCAUAUACAUGAGAAACUUGGAGACCCUACAUCUAGAGAGCGUAUCAUGGGCCAACCUUCCACCUAUUGGGCAGAUGUAUCACUUAAGAAAGCUGAAGCUGAAAAACAUUCUCGGGAUAUCUCAGAUUGGACCUGAUUUCUUUGGUGGUACUACAGAAAAAAGUUUCACGCACUUGAUGGAAGUUCAGUUUUAUGAUAUGCCAGACCUUGUAGAGUGGGUUGGGGGAGCUAACUGUCAUCUGUUCUCAAGGCUUGAAAUAAUCAGGUGCACUGAUUGUCCCAUGCUCACAACGCUGCUGAUCUCAGGUUGGCCUAUUUCUUCUACAGAAGGCAACACUAAAUGGUUCCCUAGCCUUCGUGAUCUUCACAUUCUUAGAUGCCCGAAGUUGUGCCUUCCUCCCAUGCCUCACACUUCGAUGAUAUCCCGUAUUGAUACAGACUGCUUGUCUUAUUAUCGUACUAAGUUGCACAUUAGGAAGUCCUCUGAAUUGGUUUUCCACAAUCUUGGUGAUGUAGAAAGGUUGACAAUUCAGGAUGCAUCAUGCUUCUCAUUUAUGGAUCUUCAAAAGCUACAUUCCCUAAGACAUAUAGAGGUCGGUAGAUGUGAGGAAACCUUUUUGAGAGGACUGGAUGAUGGUGUUGUGCUCCACACAGUCCAAUCUCUCGAACUCCAACACUUUUCACUUACCAGAAAAUCCUUGUCAAAUUUGUUCGAAUGUUUCCCAGCUCUUUCUAGUUUGGAUGUCAGCGCAUCAUCAGAUGAGGAUCAUGAGGAGGUGGUACUGCAGUUUCCACCCUCCAGCUCGCUGAGAAAUGUCCGCUUCCGUGGGUCCGAUGGGUUCGAUCCUCGCAUCACAUCCAACCUCGAGCAUUUGUAUGUGUACAAUUGGAGAGAUGAUGGGACUGAGCCAUACUCUGUAGCAGCAGAUGUACUUGGAGCGGUGGGAAGAACGACCAAAACAAUGCCCGCCGGUUCCUUCCAAUUGGUGAGCCUUUUUGUGGACAGCAUCUCCGCAGUGCUUGUUGCUCCCAUCUGCAGCCGCCUCUCCGCUACCCUCCAGAGGUUAUUCUUCAGUGCUGAUUGGCGGACAGAGAACUUCACGGAAGAGCAGGACGAGGCGCUUCAGCUCCUCACAUCUCUUCAAACCCUGUUGUUCCAUGGCUGCAGGGCUCUGCGGUCCCUCCCCCAAGGGUUGCAUCGCCUUCCUUCUCUCCGGGAAUUACGUAUCUGGGGGACUCAAAAAAUCAGAUCGCUGCCCAUGGAGGGCCUCCCCGAUUCACUGCGACUGCUAGACAUAGUUCAUUGCAGUCCCGAGAUUUAUGAGGAAUGCUAG